AGUAAAAUAUAGUUUGAUAAAUUCAAAUAUAGAAAACUGUCAAAGAAAGUAUUUUUUUGAUUUAUUUUUUCUUUGGAGUUCAAAGUAGUAAAUUUCAUACGUAACAAGUGAUCAUUUGCUGCAAAUAAAAUUAUUAUUACUAACCUGUAUUCAUCGGGCAUUCACAUGAGAAGGGCGACAACUUUGUACCUUAUUAUUACAUAUACUGUAUAUAGAAAGUGACCAUUAAAAUAUUUAAAAUGACCUUGAGCCGACAUUCAAUUGUCCUUUCAUUUUUAUUCGCCAUAAAAUAUAUCAAUGCCAAUCCAGUGAUAGUGACACGAGAAAUUGACGAUUAUUGGACAAAACGAGCUGAUUUUAUUCGUGAAGAAGAGAAUUUUGCCUUUGGUGGUGAUGUUCCAUUGCAAAAAGAUGAAUUUCUCACAAAUUUCAAUCUUAUGUCUGCCAAAAAGAACGAAAUUGAAGAGGGUUUCGCAGAUCAGGGUAAAUUUCUUCCUAGAUCUAAUUUCCUUACAGUAAAUAAUAAGAUAGAAAAAUCAAAAGUUUUUCAAAUAAUUAAAAAAAUGCCAAAAGGUGCAGUUCUUCAUGCACACGAUUUAGGUCUUUUGUCACCAAAUUAUGUUUUAACAAAUGUCACUUAUCGUGAUAAUCUUUAUGCCUGUGAAAAUAAUGGUACAUUGAAAUUAAUGUUUUUUAAAAAUCCAAACAAAAAUUGUGACUGGAAAUUACUGAGUGAAUUGAGAAAAAAUUCGACAAAAGCAAUAGAAAUUAAUAAAAAAAUUCAACGACAAAUGUCAAUGAUCACAAAACAUCCCAAUUAUCCUGACGGCGAUAAGGCUUGGAUUAAAUUUCAAAGUAUUUUUGGAUUUCUUUUUCCGUUUAUUGCAUACAAACCCGUUUUCGAAGAUUAUUAUUACCAAAGUCUUCAGGAAAUGUAUGACGAUAAAGUGUUAUAUUUAGAAUUAAGAACAGUUCUACCCGAUUUAUUUGACUUGGACGGCAAAGUCUAUCGAAAAUCAGAAGUCAUGCAGAUUUUAAAGGAUGUCACGGACAAAUUUACGGCAAGUCAUCAAGAUUUCAUCGGUGCAAAAAUAAUUUACGCUCCUAUAAGACGUGUUGAUUUAAAUAAAUUGAAAGAAUACUUGGAAACUGCAAGACAAUUGAAAAACGAUUUUCCAUCAUUUCUGGCUGGUUUUGAUUUGGUUGGACAAGAAGAUAAAGGAGGUCGUUUAAUUGAUUUUGCUGAUCAGUUACAAAUUGUCGGAAAAGAUAUUCCAUUCUUUUUUCAUGCGGGAGAAACCGACUGGUAUGGACUAGAUACAGAUCAAAAUCUCAUUGAUGCAAUAUUAUUAAAUACAAAAAGAAUUGGACAUGGAUAUGCAUUACUGAAACAUCCAAAAGUAAUGGAAUUAGUGAAGAAGAAAAAUAUUGCAAUUGAAGUGAAUCCAAUUUCUAAUCAAGUUCUUGCCCUUGUGGGUGAUAUGAGAAAUCAUCCUGCAACUUUUUUCUUUGCGGAAAAUUAUCCUGUAGUGGUUUCAUGUGACGAUCCUGGUCUCUGGGGUGCAAAAGCAUUAAGUUUCGAUUUUUAUGAAGCAUUUAUGGGACUUAUGGCAAAAUCUUCUGAUUUGAGAGCAUUAAAGAAACUUGCUUUUAAUUCAAUUGAAUUCAGUAUGAUGACUGCUGAUGAAAAAUCAAAAGCUCACGAUAUUUUCGAGAGACAAUGGCAACAAUUUCUACAAGUUCCAGAUAAAGAACAAGAAUUGUAGUCAAUUUUUAUUAUAAUUAAUUAUAUUAUUAUAUAUAAUUUUCUAUUUAAACAUUAUAAUAGGAUUUCUCUGUAUAAAAAAAAAACAGAGAAAAAUUUCUAUAAUGGUUAGAAAUGAUAUUAUUAAUUUGAAAAAUUGUCUAUUUUUCAGAAUUUUAUUAACUAUUUUUAUAUUUAUAAGUUUUUUUUUAUAUUCAA